GGCCAGGCAUCAUGGCGGCCCUUGCCAGUGGAAGGAAUGGGCGCUAUUUUGUCUGUUAUUCUUCCAUCGUAACUAAAUGAGGCAAUGGCGGAUAUAUCUAGCUAGUGGAUAUGAAAGCCUAGUCAUGUGGCUCCACUUAGUGACGUGUUAGGCUUACAAUAAGUGACAAAUGAAGCAGAUAUUGGCGGAUAUAUGGGGAAGGCUGCCUCCACCUCAGCUGAUAACAUUAGGCAAGUGGAUUUUUUCUACGUUUUUCUAAUUCUAAUGAUUAACGUUUUUCUAAUUCUAAUGAUCAACAGAGAAUUACCAGCCUUUCUCUGUGUGUCAAAGAGAGCCCACCUGCAUGUACUGAAUAUAUGUUUUUAAUUAGUCUUUUGUGAUUAAUCUUUUUAAUAUAUCUGCGCCAAUGUAAACUAGUAUGUGCUUAGAAGGCUUACCAAUGUGUGGUUUGUGGUGGGUUUGGUGCUACUCCAAGGGAACACGUGCUGGAAAAGUCUGGGAACCACUGAUAUACAAAUAACUGAGCGUAUUUCAAUUCACAUAAGUCUCCCAUAAAAAUUAUAAUCUGACCUCCGUUUUCUCUCACGAACGUAAACAUUAUUUAUUUAUUUUUCUCGUUUCUCUCUCUCUCUCUCUCUCUCUCUCUCUCUCUCUCUCUCUCUCUCUCUCUCUCUCUCUCUCUCUCUGCGGUCUUUUCAACAUUUAGUUUAUUCUUUGCCUAGAAGUUUAUACAUAACAUUUACAUAAGAAGUAAGUAGCAGAAGUAAAUGGUCUCCGACGCAUAGGAAAUUAGUAACAAAAUGGUGUUACUGGAGACAGAAGCGUAGACAUAACUUAAUAAUAAUAUAUUACAAGAAAGAGAACUACACGAUUAAGACCAAAGAAAACAUCACAGUACUUGUAAAAAAAUACGCUGAAUUUAAUAAUGCACAGUAAAAUAGUAACAGAACAGUGAUAGUGAAGAUAGAAGAAAAGUAUUUGCCCUAGCGGUCUCUUAGUGUAUACAAGAACUGUGAUGGCGGACAGAAGGGUUCGGUGUCUUCCCUUCCCUUCAUUUACACUCAGCCUUCCUCUUCUUCCUCCUCCUCCUCCUCCCCCUGACAGAUUAACAACAUUUCUGCAUUACUGACAGGAGAAACACUUUUAAAAGGCUGUAGUUGAAGUGAUGCAGGUUUUCAAGGGUGUUUUUACAGUUGCAGUGACCGAUUAACAACAUAUCUGCAUUACUGACAGGAGAAACACUUUUAAAGGGUGUAGUUGAAGUGACAUGGGUUUUCAAGGGUGUUUUUACAGUUGCAGUGACAGAUUAACAACAUUUCUGCAUUACUGACAGGAGAAACACGUUUUUAAAAGGCUCUAGUUGAAGUGACAAGGGUUUUCAAGGGUGUUUUUAAGGUUCCAGUGACAGAUUAACAACAUAUCUGCAUUACUGACAGGAGAAACACUUUUAAAGGGUGUAGUUGAAGUGACAUGGGUUUUCAAGGGUGUUUUUACAGUUGCAGUGACAGAUUAACAACAUUUCUGCAUUACUGACAGGAGAAACACGCUUUUAAAAGGCUGUAGUUGAAGUGAUGCAGGUUUUCAAGGGUGUUUUUAAGGUUUCAGUGACAAAUUAACUACAUUUUUGCAUUACUGACAGCAGAAACACUCUUUUAAAAGGCUCUAGUUGAAGUGAUAUGGGUUUUCAAGGGUGUUUUUACAGUUCCAGUGACAGAUUAACAUUUCUGCAUUACUGACAGGAAAAACACUCUUUUAAAAGGCUGUAGUUGAAGUGACAAGGGUUUGCAAGGGUGUUUUUACAGUUACAGUGACAGAUUAACAACAUUUCUACAUUACUGACAUGAGAAACACUUUUAAAAGGCUGUAGUUGAAGUGACAAGGGUUUGCAAGGGUGUUUUUACAGUUACAGUGACAGAUUAACAACAUUUCUGCAUUUUACUACGUUUUAUCAUCUUGCCAAUAAAUAGUAGCAGCAGCAGCAGCAGCAGCAGAUAGUAAUUGAGGAACACAACACACUGCGUGGAGAGAACCAGGGUGUGGAGUACCCAAAGCUCUCACAGUCCAUGGUAGUAGACUCACCCUGCAUGUGGAGAUCUCCCCAAAUGCACAUUUGUUAUUCCAGAGCUGCAGGACAGAGUACUUGAGGCCAUUGGUGAACAGAAAGCUGAGGUUGAACAAAGGUAGUAAUCACAGAGUAAAGAUUACACUGACAUUUGGGACAUUGACAUUGUUUGUUACCAGUAUUAUAUGGAUUCCUUUUAUUUCAGCCAAGAAUUGAUAGCUGCCCAAGGUGUAAGCAACAUUCACAAUGAUGAGGUCAUUAUGACGUGUGCAAUGCGUCCACUGGUCUUGGCCUUCCUGACCAAGGCAGCCAAACAAAGGAAAUCCCACGUCAUUGUUGCCGAACGUGCCCCUGAACGUGACGCGAGGUGUUUUGUGCGUCUCUUUGACGACGUCAUCGUGUCUGACGUGCAAAGUGCCUAACACAGGGACUGCCACAUGUACGGGUGAUGGCUUCUUGCAGCUUCCUUUAUUUUCUUAUGUUCUUAUGUUCUCAAUACAUCUUUUACUUGUGCAGGGUCACCCAAUGGCAAAAGCUUUAUGUACUGCUGGAAUUCAGACAACAUUAAUUCAAGACUCUGCAGUGUUCCCCAUCAUGUCAUGUGUCAACAAGGUCGUCGCUGGUGCCAAGACAGCGGUGAGCAGCGGAGGCAUUGAGACCUUUGUUGCUGCGGCCUCUCUUGCCUCACCACCAAAGUUUUAUUCUGUUCCAGUGGAUAUACAUUCCUCCUCUUGAGUGUUGGACGGUCCUUUCUCAAACCUCAACCUGUCUCGUGUGGAGCUAGACACUGUCAGGGAACAAAGUUUUCGCCGUCUGUAAAUACUGGGCUGACGAGGGCACCUGCUUCACAUGCACUGUGCGGGAAAGCUGGAAGAUGGCACAGAAUUCGACAGCAGUUACCCUCGAGGACAACCCCUGCCUGACCUUCACGCUGGGGUCAGGUCAGGUCAUCCGAGGCUGGGACCAGGAGCUAAUUGGGAUAUGCGAGGGGGAAAAGAGGAAGCUUGUCAUCCCCUCGGACCUCGGCUAUGGAGCUUCAUGGGCGCCUCGGAAGAUACCUCCCCACACCACGCUGGUCUUCAAGGUGGAACUUGUCAAGAUAGAGAGGAAAGAGGAGCUUUGAGGCUAAUCUAGGUGGAGGUGUUGCACCAUCCUGCAUGUGCCGGGAGCUUGGUGAACCGUGCCGUCCCACUUCUUGUGAUCUCUAAGGUAACAGCUUUAAUCCUUGCAAAUAAGGAAUAAGAGAAAAGAGACACACCAGCCAUUUGUACUGUUAUGAUGUUCCGUCAUUUUUUUUCCCUCUUUUAUCCUGGAACCAUUUUUGCUCAUUCAUGUUUAUAAAAAUUAUCAUACAAAAAUGUUGAGGUUAAUAUGUUUGGUGUAGUUUUUUUGUAACGUGUUAUUGUUAAUGUGUGUGCUUUGCCUCAUGAAGAAUGUUGCAGUAUUAGCAGUAAUGUUACAGCCAAUGGAAGUGUCUGUAUUGUGCUUAGGUGGGAGGUUAAUUUGAUGUAUUUUUAGAGUUCUGCAGGAUAUAGCAAGCCCUCAAAAUAAAGAAAAUAACUAUGGAAAACACUCCUUGUAUUUUAAACACCAUUGCAGACAAAUCUGUAAUGAAACAGGAAACCCUACAUUCAGGAAACCCUACAUGCAGGAUAUAACAAGCCCUCAAAAUAAAGAAAAUAACUAUGGAAAA